GUCUCUGUGGCGUGAAGCGCGUGCGGCUCAGCAUCAAACUGCAGAACAAGUGGAGACGCCGGAUUCCUGACACACCUUUCCUCACACACGUCCUCAACCCGACGCCAUGAGCAAAAUAAAAAAGGGUUUGAAAUGGUUGGGGAGCCUCAGCAGCCUCUCCUCCCGCCGCUCCCCGGAGAAAAGCAACAACAAAGCAGCCUCUCAGUCUGGUGCGAGUCUCUGCGGAUCCAGGCAGCCGGCGGCAGCAGCGGCAGUGCUGGAGGAGACGCAGUCACUGGAGGACAUGCAGUCCGGCCUCCGCAGCCCCGGCUAUGCCCGCUCCAGCGACAUGUACACCCAUGUGGGGACGGUUCCCCGCGGCGAGAAACAGAAGAAGAGCCUCCGGGGCCGGAAGGCUGCGGAGAGCCCGGAGGGCGGGAGCCUGAACCGGGGGGAGCAUGUCCGAGACUCCCCGCUGCUCGGCGCUCUGUCCAGCCUCAGCCUGACAAACCUGGAGCAGGUUCGGCCCGCCGCGCCCUGCCGGGUUUCACCUUUGACCCCAGCACCUGCCGGCUGCCCGUCAGAUGACCCCGUUACUCAGCGCGAGGCGCAGCAUUUCAACAUGGCUUCAAAGCAGGACGUUUAUGUUCCAAUGGACCCGAUUUCUGAAAGAGCGCGCAGCCACGGCGACCCACAGGAAACCACCGAGGCGCCACAGGAAGUGGAGGCUGGCGGCAGGUUAAAAAAAGUGACAAAUUGCAAUGGAGAAUAUGUGAAAUUCUCCAAGGAGAAGUUCUGGUUGGAGCCGCCAUCGGAAAAACUGAGGAAGCAGCUGGAGGAGGAACUGAGGCUGAGCGGCACCUACCUGAAGAGCCACGCCUGGUACCACGGCCCAAUACCCUGGGAGGUGUCGGAGAGCUUGGUGGUGAACAAAGGUGAUUUCCUCCUCAGAGACUCCCAGUCCAGUCAGGGCGGCUUCGUCCUCACCUGCCGCUGGGAACAGGAAGCCCUUCACUUCCCCAUCAGGAAGAUGGAGGUCCAGUCCGGGGAAUCGUACAGCCGGGCCCAGUACAGCCUGGAAAAAGAGGCCUUUGACUCGGUCCCGGCCCUCGUUCACUACUACGUGGGCAGCCAGGCGACUCUGACGCUGUGGAGCAGAGCUCAGAUUAACCGGCCGGUGAACAGGACGCUGCCGCUCAGCUUCCUGGAAACGGCCUUCAGCGCAUCGUCCAACCAGAGAGACCUGAAGGGAGAGGAGCGGGUCUGUCCGAUCAGCCCAUCCUCCGUUCAGCCCGGUACUGGAUCUGACUGGAAACAGGACAGCCGGGCGCAGAAUCCUGCUGCACAUUCUCCUCACAGUCACAGCUCUCCAUCCAGGAGCCUCAGUUGUAGCCGGGCCCCCUGUGUCACAUCGUCUCCAUCCCUAUCAACCCCAUCAGACUCCACCCUGCUGGGACAGCGGCUCCACGUUCCCCGCUCUGACCCGCCGCAGGACUCGGCCUCCUGCGACAGAGACGGCUCCUGGGAGCUGCAGCCUCAGACCUACGUGGAGCGGCUGCAGGCCGAGGAAGCCCCGCCCACUGCCGACUCUCUGUGUUCGGAGGAUGGGGACGUGUACUUCUCUCCGGUAGUGGAGACGGCUUCCUGUUUCAGACCUGGCAGGUACCACUCAGCGCUGAUGCCCCAGGAGAACAAGCCCCUGGAGGUGGGCAUCCUGCGCAGGGUGAAGGAGCUGCUGGCCGAGGUCGACCCCAGGACGGCGGCCAGACACAUCACCAGGACCGACUGCACGGUGGCGAGAAUUUUGGAGGUGAGUCCAGAGAUGAAAAGAAAGAUGGGAGUGAGUUCAGGGAUGGAGCUGCUGACGCUGCCGCAUGGACAGCAGCUGAGACUGGACCUGCUGGAGAGGUUUCAGACCAUGGCCACCAUGUUGGCCGUCAACGUGUUGGGAUGCACGGGAACGACGGAGGAGCGGGCCGCCCUGCUGCACAAAGUCAUCCAGAUCGCAGCCGAGCUGAAGACCACCACAGGCGACAUGUUCGGCUUCGCCGCCGUCAUGAGAGCGCUGGAGCUGCCGCAGGUGUCUCGUCUAGAGCAGACUUGGACGACGUUACGGCAGCGACACACAGAGGGCGCCAUUCUCUACGAGAAAACGCUGCGGCCGUUUCUGAGGAGCCUGAAUGAUGGACGAGAAAGCUGUCCGCUGUCCAGCACCACCUUCCCCCACGUCCUGCCCCUCCUCACCCUGCUGGAGAAGAGCUCUGCGGUGGGCGAGGGGACGGAGCCGUGGGAGACAGCGGAGGUCGGCGUGGAGGUGGUCAUGCUCCACCUGAUGGCGGCGAGAACUAUCGCUCAGCUGGGCGGGAUCUAUCACUCCAACGCUAAGAGCAAAUUAAAGGGUUUCCAGGAGCAGGCCGAGGUCAGGGAGAUCUUCCUCACCGACUUCCAGAUGAGGCUGCUGUGGGGGAGCAGGGGAGCCGAGGAGAACCAGGUCCUCAGAUACUCCAAGUUCGACCAGGUGCUGACCGCCUUGUCCAACCGGCUGGAACCGCCGAUCAGACGGCACUGAUCCCAGAGACGUUUAACUGAUCAGCUGGUGGAUUCUCUGACAUCCGUUCAAAUCACUUUAAAGUGUAACUAACCCUCUGUGAAAUCAUAAACACGCUCCCUGACAACUGUAGAAAACUUCAAGAGGGUUUCGAUGUGGGCAUUUCUAAAGAGCAAAUUUGAUUGACUAGUUCCAGCAACAAAAACAUUUCAGAAACUUACAGAAAUCAUCUGAGGUGACUGCUUUAAAAAGUCCAAGAAGAAAACAAGAAGUUAACGGUUCAAUUUAUUUUAGAAACAUUAUUUUUUUAAAUGCUGUUUUUAAUAUCUUUUUUGUUUUUAACUACUUAUAUCAGUUUUAUGUUACUUCAGUAACCAAAAUGGAUUUUUUUGUAUUAUUUUUGUUGUAUUGAUAUAUCUUUGUAAUUUAUUGCAUAAAUCUGAAAAAUCAAAAUGAAUGAAUUAAAUCAAAAAUAUAAAUGUUAAACCAAAAUUCAUCGUUGUAACCAAUCAGAAAAUUAAACUGCAGUGACCACAGUUCAUCCAGAGGGGGCAGCGCUGUGCCAGUUUAGCUCUGCAAACAUUGCAGAACUGAACAAAUUUAUCCAGAAACAUCUUUAAGUCCGCAGAGAAACUUUACAUAGAAACCUUAAGAAUUUAUUUAGAGAGUUUAUCAGCAAAAAACUUGUUUUGGGGGUUAAAUACACUUUAAAUGUGACAGAUUAUACAGUUGCUGCAUGGAAGCAUUUUUAUCUGAGCCUCACUGACGUAAACAUAAAGGAAGGAGAAUGAAUGCAUGAUAAAAGUUUAUUAAGGUUUACAGCACAAAUUAUCUUUAAAUUUACAUUUUUAUUGGAAGGAAAUGUGAUAUGGGUUUUGUUUUUUGUGUGUUUUCUAACAUAUAUUUGGGUUUUAACGUUGAAAAACUCCAACUAAGACACUUAAUCCUGUCAUUUGUGAGGUGAAACUGUUCUUUUAUCCUUUUAUCAUCCACCGGUACCAGAUAAUAAGAGUCCAGGACUUCAGACUGUGCAGCAGCCUGUAAACACAAUGUUUGUGUGAAAUGUGUAGAACUGCAGAAUAAAGGAGGUCCAGUUCCCGGUUCUGUUGGGACUACAGGAAGCUAAUGCUGAACCUUUGUCUGCAGUGUAGAAAUGCUUUUGUCUGCCUGAAGGCUGGACCUUCAUUACAUAUUGGACCAAACAAUGUUUCUCCAUCUUCACUAUUAAUUUUAUUAAUAAAUGGUGAGUCGAUUGAAGUAGAAUCAGUUUGAGGGAACAACUUCUGACAGCAAUAAUUCAAAUGUUCAGAGAACUUAUUUAAUCCUACAGUUAAUAUUUAUCUGUAUAGUGUUAUAACUGUGAAUAAAUAACAUUUUCCUCUGAAAAUUGACUUUAUUAAAA